AUGCCAGUCAUUCAAAAGGUCACUGACAUCGAGAGCCACGUACUGUUAGUGUAUUCAGCGUCAGGGGGAACCUGGUUCCACCAUUGGGAUGCCAGGACAGAGAAGUUCUUGGACUGGGCUGAGCGGAACCUGCCCUCCUGUAGGGGUGGGAAGGGCCAAGAGACCAGAGGUGUCAGAACAGAGUUCUCAGGUUGGGGUGUAUCUGAGCAUCAGGGAAGAGGUGUCAGAACAGAGUUCUCAGGUUGGGGUGUAUCUGAGCAUCAUGGAAGAGGUGUCAGAACAAAGUUCUCAGGUUGGGGUGUAGGAUCUGAGCAUCAUGGAAAAGGUGUCAGAACAGAGUUCUCAGGGUGGGGUGUAGGGUCUGUGCAUCAUGGAAGAGGUGUCAGAACAGAGUUCUCAGGUUGGGGUGUAUCUGUGCAUCAUGGAAGAGGUGUCAGAACAGAGUUCUCAGGUUGGGGUGUAUCUGAGCAUCAGGGAAGAGGUGUCAGAACAGAGUUCUCAGGUUGGGGUGUAUCUGAGCAUCAGGGAAGAGGUGUCAGAACAGAGUUCUCAGGUUGGGGUGUAUCUGAGCAUCAUGGAAGAGGUGUCAGAACAGAGUUCUCAGGUUGGGGCGUAUCUGGGCAUCAGGGAAGAGGUGUCAGAACAGAGUUCUCAGGUUGGGGUGUAGGAUCUGAGCAUCAUGGAAGAGGUGUCAGAACAGAGUUCUCAGGUUGGGGUGUAGGAUCUGAGCAUCAGGGAAGAGGUGUCAGAACAGAGUUCUCAGGUUGGGGUGUAGGAUCUGAGCAUCAGGGAAGAGGUGUCAGAACAGAGUUCUCAGGUUGGGGUGUAUCUGAGCAUCAGGGAAGAGGUGUCAGAACAGAGUUCUCAGGUUGGGGUGUAUCUGAGCAUCAUGGAAGAGGUGUCAGAACAGAGUUCUCAGGUUGGGGUGUAGGGUCUGAGCAUCAGGGAAGAGGUGUCAGAACAGAGUUCUCAGGUUGGGGUGUAUCUGAGCAUCAGGGAAGACAAACAUAAUCAGACAUCUCAUGCCCCCAUCAAAGGUUUGGUAUAAAUCUGUCUGGUGUUUAGUUUUUAACUCAUGGGACUCUGUUGGCUGACUUUAUCUUUUUCUUUUGAACUUGUGCCAAAACACACAAGGUCCCUUGAGAAAACACUCUCAUAGUCUAUUCACCAUAGAACCCAGCCCCAGCAUGCAUUUGGACUGUCAGGUAUAGACACCGGAAUUAACUCUGAAGGAUGCAGGAAUGUAUGGGGACUCGGGAUGAGUCCCAAAUGGCACCCUAUUCCCGUAUUCAAUGUACAACCCUACAUGGUCUAAAGGGCCCUACAUGGUCUAAAGGGCCCUACAUGGUCUAAAGGGCCCUACAUGGUCUAAAGGGCCCAACAUGGUCUAAAGGGCCCUACAUGGUCUAAAGGGCCCUGCAUGGCCUAAAGGGCCCUCCCUACAUGGUCUAAAGGGCCCUACAUGGUCUAAAGGGCCCUGCAUGGUCUAAAGGGCCCUGCAUGGUCUAAAGGGCCCUACAUGUUCUAAAGGGCCCUCCCUACAUGGUCUAAAGGGCCCUAC